AUGCGAGCUGGCAACCCACGACGAAAUGCAUGACCAGUAUGCUAUAUCUGCACGACACACCGCACCACUUUCCUGGCAGCAACACUACCUGCACCAAACCUAGAUAGUACGAUGGCCAGCUGAGAUCAUCUUUUCUCAUCUCAUCCUAUCUCCCAUCCCAUAGAAUUACGAAAUUAAGAGGGGAAAACAAAAGUAGAGAGAGCUAGGAUGGAGAUGGAGAAGGUGAUGUCCGGGUGCCACAUCCCGGCGUUCGGCGCGUGGAACUACCGCGACGACGACCUGCCCAUCACGCAGUGCUUCGACCUAGCCAUCCAGGACCGCCUGAUGAGGCGCGCCAACCGCCGCGGCGACGGCAACUGCAAACGGCGGCUCGUCGUGCCUUUCGACGCCUGGCCGCCUGCUCCGCGCGGAGCAGCUCAUGGCAAGGUGAUUAGGAGGGAAUUGGCACAGAAGCAGUGGGAUAAUGUUGCCGAGGAGAUGAUGCAAUGGAGAGCUGUUGGGGCGUACGGGACGAAGCGUAAGGUUGGCGACAAGGCUGUGGAUGAGGACCUGUACAAGGUGCCGCAACCGCUGAUAUACCCGAAACGUAGAAAGAUGAGGAAAGUUGUCUGGAGCCUGUGGAUUGGUUGCCUUGGUCUGGAUUGCAUUGCCUGAUCAAACCCAUCAAGUGCACUGUGUUUUGACUUAGAAUCCAGAAAAACUUGAGGUCCGCAUAUCUUUGUUCCGCUCGAAUUGUUCUUCCAAUAAGAAUUUGGUGUGCCAUGUUUUGUAACAUCUAAUGAUUUGUAUUGAGAAAACGUUGCUCUUGGUUUGUUGUGACAAAAACAAAAUCUUGAUCUCUGGUGCCUUACCAUUUUUUAGUUUUCAUGUACGUACGGUUAUAGGCCACCGUUCAUAUACAGUUUUGACAUGGAAGUUUUCAUAAAUUUGUUUUCACGA